GUGUGUUUAUAUUCGGUCUGGCAAAUGGGCCGUUGGUGUUUUUAGUUUGGACAGGCUCAGCUGAUGAAGUAAGCCAAGCCGAUGGUUCAUCCCUGUGGCUGUUAAUAAAGCUGAACCGAAAUCCAUGUACAAAUUGCAUGAAGCGACAAGCCAUCCAGUUAAAUCGGUUUCCUCUCUCUCUCUCUCUCUCUCUCAUGGCGACUUCUACCGGCACUUAUUAAAUUCGAGAGACGGGAGGAAGUAGCAACAGAAGCUACUCCGAGAGUCUGUGAGACUACUCGCAUCCUCUUCUGCUAUGGGGAUAAUCGGGCAAUACGAGACCCAGCAGUUGGAAAUCGAGGAAUUCCGCCGGAUGCUGCUAUCUUGCGCCGGGAUGCGCAGGGGGAAAGAGGGAGACGAGUUCAGGGACCCAGCUCGGCAUGCGACGGCCGAAGAGAAGGUGGUGUGCGUCACCAGCGGCAUAUCGUUCCUCGGCAUCGCUAUCGUUAACCGCCUCUUACUCCGCGGUUACUCCGUCCGACUUAUUGUCACCAACGAAGAAGACAGAGAUAAGCUGAGAGAGAUGGAAAUGUCGGGGGAGAUGAGGGGGACCAACAACAACAAUAUCAGCGCUGUUAUGGGGGACCUUUCUGAUGUCCAGAGCAUAUCGGAAGCAUUCGACGGUUGUCGUGGAGUGUUUCACACCGCCGGUUUCAUUGACCCAGCUGGCCUCGCUGGCUAUUCUAAAUGGAUGGCAGAGAUAGAAGUGAAGGGAACAGAGAACGUUAUGGAAGCAUGUGCAAGAACAUCCUCUGUAAGAAGCUGUGUACUCACUUCCUCUCUUUUGGCCUGCAUCUGGCGAGACAAGUCUCGAAGUGACCUAUCUACCCUUGUUAACCAUGACUGCUGGAGCGAUGAACCGUUCUGCAUUGAGAAAAAGCUCUGGUAUGCAUUGGGCAAACUAAGGGCAGAGAAAGCAGCAUGGAGGAUAGCAGAGCAUGAUGAGUUCAAGCUGGUAACUUUAUGCCCAGGUCUCAUCACUGGUCCUGAGUUCUCUCACAGGAAUUCAACACCAACGUUUGCUUACCUCAAAGGAGCUCGAGAGAUGUACGGGGACGGAUUGCUGGCUACAGUUGACGUAAAUAGAUUAGCGGAAGCACAUGUAUACGUUUUCGAGGCAAUGAACAAGACAGCAUCCGGAAGGUACAUUUGCUUUGAUCAAGUGAUUCAGAGAGAGGAAGAGCUACUAAAAUUGGCCGGCGAUACCGGGAUGCAAACGGACGUGUUAUCAGGGGGAAACGCCUCUUCUGAUAGUUUUUCAUUCCGGUUCAAAUUAUCAAAUACCAAGCUUUGUGGACUAAUGUCGAGGACACUGCAAUGUAGUGAUGACUGUUAGAGGUCUUAUUAUUUAUCGGUAAAAUUUUAGUAGUGCUACUUUUUGCCGUACGGAACUUUAUCAGACAAUCAGGUUGGCCCAUCUUUGUAAUUUUAGGCACGAGGAAGCCGUGGCGGAGCAAGGAUUUUUGAUAAGUGGGGUUGGAAAUUUGAACUAUAUGUAAUUCAGUUUUCUAGUUGCUAA